GUACGCUGAUUUUUCUUGCUAAUUACUUACUUAUCCUGAUCCUGUACUUCUGUCUCUGGCAAAGGCUCUAGCUAGACGCUGCUAUUUUUUCUUAUAUAAUAAUAGCACUGUACGCUCGUAUUGUUGGGGUAUAGGAGACCUACUGGUGGAAUCGAAUAAAACUUCCCGUUAUUAUAAAUCUCCUAUAAUUAGUAAAUAAAUACAUUAACAUUCAAAUGACACGGAAAAUCAGCGAUUGUUUCUGAACGUCAUGCUUCAACUUCCAAACCAUAGACGUGUGGCCAAAAAGGCCAGAUAAACCAGGCCGCCACAGUGGUUUUUUUUUUAAGUCCAUUGGAGCAUUCUAGCGCACCUCACGGCUGCCGUGAUGGACGUGACGCACGCGUGUCGCUGCUGCCUGCGGUGUGCUCCGGACAAGGACCUGAUGACGCCGUACACACAUCUCGGCAAAACGGAGAUAUAUGCCGACAUGAUCAAAGAGUGCUUCGAUAUACAUCUGGUGGUGGGCGGCGCGGGUGCGUGCGGCAUCUGCUCGGCGUGCGUGGGCCGCCUGCGAGACGCAAGCGACUUCAAGCUGCAAGUGCAGCGCAGCCAGGAGGAGCUGCAGGCGCGCUCGCUGAGAGUGAGCCCCGUCAAAGAUGAAGAGCCCCCAGUCAAGACAGAGACGCUGGAUCAAGACGGGGCAUCUGACGAGAUGUUGUAUGAUAUGCUCGGGUUAAACAUAGCGGCCGGAGACGGGGCGUGCGACGAGGAUGACCUGUUGGAUGAAGAGCUCCUAAACAAGCCAGAAUCUAACGAAGAUGAGACAAGUGAUGAAAUGUCGCUGUGUUCGGACGGCAACGCCGCCCGCGUAAGGGAACAGCUUGCGAUGGAUUGUUUCGUGGUACUUGAGCGCCUUAACAGAGGAGACGAAACAUAUGACUGCGAACGCUGCUGUGGCAAGCAUCUCAGAAACAAGUAUAUUUUAAGAAAACACAUACGAACAACGCGCUUGUCGACCAGGUUAAAAAAAACUACAUUUCAAACUGAAUCGCUUGUAUUAAAGCAUGAAAAAAGCGAACAUGAGUGUACAAAUUUUAUGUGUGACGAAUGUGAGUAUACAACUAGUUCCAAGACAAGUUUACAAACUCAUUUAAAGAGUCACUCUGGGGACAACGUUUUCAAUUGUAGUCACUGUAGUUACACCAGUCUGUUUAAAAGUGAUUUACACAAACACCAAGCGAUACACACUCGAGACAUGCCUUUUAGGUGUAACGAAUGUGAUUUCAAAUGCAGUUUUGAAUCAAACUUGCGACUUCACCAAAUGAUACACGACCAAAUACCCCAGAAGACACAAACUGGAGGGAAGCCUUUUCUUCAAUGUGGUUACUGUGAUUACAAAUGCAGUGGUAAAUCAAAGUUACAAUGUCACAUAAGAAAACACACGGGCGAGAAGCCAUACCAAUGUAGUUUUUGCGACUACAAGUCUAGUGGUAAGGAAAACUUACAACGUCACAUAAGAAUACACACCGGAGAAAAGCCGUACAAAUGUAAUUACUGCGACUUCAAGACCUGUCACCCGUCGGCCUUACGGGAACACAAAAUGAGACAUACUGGCGAAAAGCCUUUUCUGUGUAGCUACUGCGAUUACAAAUGCACUAACAAAUCACACUUAAAAGUACACCUGAUGUUACACACUGGAGAAAAGCCUUUCAAAUGUAGUCACUGCGACUUCAAGACCUGUCACCCGUCGGCCUUCCGGGAACACAAAAUGAGACAUACUGGCGAAGAGCCUUUUCUGUGUAGCUACUGCGAUUACAAGUCCACUAACAAAUCACACUUACAAAGACACCAGAGGACACACACUGGAGAAAAGCCUUUCAAAUGUAGUCACUGCGACUUCAAGACCUGUCACCCGUCGGCCUUACGGGAACACAAAAAGAGACAUCAUGGCGAAGCGCAGUACACAAAUUUGAACAGAAAACAAAUUUAGUCAAAAAGUUAACUUACAAAGACACAGAGGACACACACUGGAGAAAAGCCUUUCAAACGUAGCCGUUGUGAUUACAGAGGUCGUGAUAAAUCAACCCUACGAAGACACCAGAAGAAGCAUACAGGGACAAAGCCUAUAAACGUAGCAACAGCGAGUACAAGUGCAGCCUGAAACAGCACCUGCGAUACACACGAAAGAGAAGCCUUAGGUGUAGGGAAGGUUCGUGUUCAGGGUUCGAAAGGAUAAUUAUCAAUAAUAGUGAUUUUUCGUCCUUCUUCUUCUUCUCAAGCGGGACCAGAAGGUAGCGACGCUUAACGCCCUGUCUGUUGCAUCCCGUGGAUCUUGCUCGGAACAUGUGUGCGGGUUCGCUGGGCAGGACAGCAUGUGUCUCAUCGUUUGGGGAGCUGUGCCACAUACGCAUAUCUGCGCCGCUUAGGCCGCCCCACCUUACCAAAUUCUCUUAAUAAUAAUCCUUGUUUAACUCUCGUAUCGGUUUUGGAUCACAACCCUAUUUUCUUACGACUUCCGUGAUAUUUAGGGCAACACUAAGAGUCCAUUUCCGGUAGCCAUAACUCG